AUGUCGGCCGACGCGCCGCAGUACCAGCACUUCAUCCCGCAGUUCAUCCUAAAGAACUUCGACCAUCCUUUCAGCUGUCCCAAGGCCCCCACGAAUGGCUUAAAAUGCAAAAAGCACCAUCACGAAAAAGGAAAAUACCCCGGCGACUGGGUUGUGAACUGCUUGGAACUUUUGCCCCAGGGUUAUAAGAUUGAGGAGCACUCUAUCCGACGAGUAUGCAGUCUGAAUAACAUGUAUAUGGUCCAGUCACUAGACGAAAACUUUCCUCGGGAGCUUGAGGCCAAGUUCAGCAAGUUGGAGGGCGAGACGAGUGCCGUGAUUCGCAGGAUAAUCACUUCUCACUAUCGUGGAGAUGAGAAGGUUAAAAUCACUAGGAUACAGCAAAUAGUACUAUGCAAUAUCGAUGACUACAAAAAUAUUGAUCGUGAUCUUUUGAAGGAGUUUAUGGAUCGAAACGGAAUUGAACGACCUUUAGAUGUUUGA